CCGUCGAGUCCUUGGAUAGGAGGAGAGGAUGAAAAGCUUAUGGUUGCAGAAUGCCGGCAACCAACGGACCGAGUUCUUUCCCAUCCCCCACGCAGCCAUGGCGGGAACCGGUCUCUUCCUCCGCCCGCUCAUCACUUCCCUCCGCCCGACAACGUCAAACUUCCCGCCACCCAGGCGCAACCCCAUCCCUUCCCGCCUCCGCUUCCAAAAGCCGCCGAGAUUUGCCUCCUCGGACGAACAAACGCCGACCUCCCACACCCAGCCCAAAUUCAAGCCUCCAAUCCGAAACCCCAUCGGUGCAUCACUCCUCUCGUCAAUCCCACGCUUUCUCGAUCGUAUUAGGGGUGAUCAAAUUGGCUUGGAGAUAGCGAGUGUUGCGUUGCCGGUGGUACUGGCUCUCGCCGCUGAUCCCAUUGCAUCGCUUGUCGACACCGCCUUCGUAGGCCAUCUGGGAUCCGUUGAGUUGGCAGCAGUGGGUGUCUCGGUUUCGGUAUUCAAUCUGGUUUCCAAAUUGUUUAACAUACCCUUGCUUAAUGUUACUACAUCUUUUGUUGCCGAACAGCAGGCAUUGGACAGUAGCAUGCAGAACGAUGCAAAUAGUGUUGAAACAAGGGACAAAGUUCUGGGGUUGAAAUUGAAGGGCAGGGGUGAUUCAGAUGGCAGGAAAUUUCUUCCAGCAGUGUCAACAUCAUUGGCUUUGGCUGCUGGUAUUGGACUUGCAGAAGCGAUAGGAUUAUUCUUGGGCUCAGGGCUCCUGAUAAAUACCAUGGGUAUACCUGUUGACUCACCAAUGCACAUACCAGCUGAGCAGUUUCUUACUCUAAGAGCAUAUGGUGCUCCACCUAUGGUAAUAGCACUUGCAGCGCAAGGCACGUUUCGUGGAUUUAUGGAUACAAAGACACCAUUAUAUGCUGUAGGAGCUGGCAACUUACUGAAUGCUCUAUUGGAUCCCAUAUUGAUAUUUAUCUUUGGUCUCGGCGUGGGUGGUGCUGCAAUAGCUACUGUUAUUUCUGAGUACUUGAUAGCUUUUAUUCUUCUUUGGAAGCUCAAUGCAAAAGUAGUACUUCUAUCUCCUGAUAUUUUCAGGGGUGGAUUUGUUCGUUAUUUGAAAUCUGGUGGUCUCUUAAUUAGCAGAACUAUUGCGUCUCUCUUUACUAUGACACUGGCAACAUCCUUGGCUGCAAGGGAAGGGCCAAUUCCUAUGGCUGGUCACCAGAUUUGCUUGCAAGUAUGGUUGGCAGUCUCCCUGCUUAAUGAUGCUUUAGCGCUUGCCGGUCAGGCUUUACUUGCACGUGAAUUCUCCCAGAGGAAUUAUGAACAAGCCCGUGUUAUAAUAUACAGGGUUCUACAGAUUGGGGCCACAACUGGAAUAGCACUGGCUAUCAUAUUGUUCUUUGGGUUUGGGCAUUUUUCGUAUUUAUUUACCACUGAUUCAGCUGUUCUGGACGUUGCUAGAUCUGGAGUCUUGUUUGUCGCUGUAUCGCAGCCAGUCAAUGCCCUUGCUUUUGUAAUUGAUGGGCUCUAUUAUGGUGUCUCAGACUUUGCAUAUGCUGCAUACUCGAUGGUGCUGGUGGGAUUGGUCUCAUCAAUAUUUCUGUUGGUUGCUGCUCACAUGUUUGGUCUCGCUGGAGUCUGGACAGGGUUGUUUCUUUUCAUGAGCUUGCGAACAGCUGCUGGAUUUUGGAGGUUAGGAACCAAAACUGGACCAUGGAAAAUGGUCUGGUCUGAGAUGGAGACACAGAUAAUGGAAAAAUGAUGAUUAUGAAAGAAAUCGCACAAGAGCCUUUUUUUCUAGACCAUUAGCUGGCCUUAUGAGUUUUAACAGCAGUUUGUUAUGUCAAGUUUAGAAACAAUUCAUUGGCAACAAAGUUAAACGAGUGAAAGAAAUCAAUGGGGAUGAGAAGGGUAAACAAGCGAGGAUUAACAACAGGUAAGUCAAUGAAACAAUUUUCAUGCUCGGGGAUUUGGAUGGACAGCAGGCAACAUAGCUGCAAGGCUGGAUGCAUAGCUUUGAUAGUCACAUAUUCACCGAUGCUGAUGAACGGCAGAGCAUGGCAGAGUACUGAUUCUAACUGAAUAUGGCAAGCAUCCUUUUCAGAGGUCUACACUAGAUGUAUUGCAGCAAUGCUUCUUCCAUUGGCCAGCCAUUCGUGGCAUUACCUGUAAAUCAGAAUCAAGCUUCGAUGCUGUUAAAGGUUAUUUAUUAUAUAUCCAUAUAAAUUUGUUUUGUGCAUAUGAUCCUGUAGGUGAAUAUGAAUUGGUUGAACUUACUCAUGGGGUAACCUAGCCCACAGCAUAGUUUGAGUGGAGAUGCAAGGCAGGAGAGUUUGAAGACAAAACUGAUGCCUGUAUCAUAGUAUCUUUUCCAUGAUUUAUCUGCUGAAAAAAGAUAAACUAAUAGCAGGUGUAGCAUGCCUUUUAUUCUA